UCCAUCCACCUCCUCUUAUCUCUUUCCUAGUGACUCCGCCACCAUGAGCCCGUCCGUACGAGAGAUCAACGGCCCCCGCUCCGCCCCUCUCAAGAUCCACAAGGACUCCCACCUCAUCCACAAGUCUCCCUCGUCCUCCGCGGCCACCGGCGCCCGUUGCCAGCGCAACCAUCCCGUCGUCAUCUACACUCAUUCGCCCAAGGUCAUCCACACGCAGGCCAGCGACUUCAUGGCGCUCGUCCAGAAGCUCACCGGUCGAUCCCAGUCCCCCGAGGACGACAACGGAACCAAUGGCUCCGCUCCACCGCCGGACGUUUCACGUGAAGAUGACGCCGCCGUGUCCAGUGACUCAUCUUCCCGGUUCAUAAGCUCCUCGUUGUCAUCUGCCACGACGAUGUCUUGGGCGGGGUUCGACACUGUGCCACCACCGAACCUGUUGUCGGCGGAGACACCGAUGCUGUUCACGCCCGGCUUCCCGAGCGCAUUCUUUGGAUGCAUGGAUGAAAGUGGGGCAGUGUCGCCUUCUGUCGUCGAAGCGAUGAGCAUUGACAGCUUUGGAGGGAGACGGCGUCCCCGAGAGUGAGUGAGCAAUCAAUAAUUCUUCGUUUCUUUUCGUCCGCCGAUGUUAAUAAAAAUGGGCUCAUAUGAUGAUCCCUUCUUGGUUACCACCCUUUGGCACGAGGACACGAGUGUUCCAAUUUGGUCGCCCGCCGUUGAUCUCCAUCCGUUGGAUUACCCCGUGGUUGUUGAUGAAACCGAUUACUUCUGCACCAGAACAGUAACGGAGUCUUCCAAUUUGGUCGCCCGCCGUUGAUCUCCAUCCGUUGGAUUACCCCGUGGUUGUUGAUGAAACCGAUUACUUCUGCACCAGAACAGUAACGGGGUAUAUGUAGA